AUGUCUGAAACCGAAACAACCCCACCAGCUAGCGAGGAUAGACGCGAGGAUCUUUAUUUGGAGUCGUACUCUUUUACCACAGCCGCGCAAAUCAUAGGCUCUGUCGACCGCAAAGUGUUUGUGUAUCUUAGAGAUGAGAGAACUAUCUUUGGCGUUUUGAGAACAUUUGAUCAAUUCGCAAAUUUGGUCAUCCAAGAUGCUGUUGAAAGAAUAUGCCUUCCAGGAAAGAGGUAUGCCGACGAAGAGAGAGACACAUACAUAAUCAGAGGUGAGAACGUGACGAUGAUGGGAGAACUGGACAUUGACAAGGAGGACCAGCCCAUGGAAAGUUUUACUCGUAUACCUUUCAAGGAAGCCGAGAGGGAGUUCAAGCAAAUACAGCACAAUAUCAAGUUGUCGCAGGCGAAGAAACAGGAGAUAUUGACCAAAAAUGGCCUCGUUGGUGACUACAUACAGGAUCCAUAG